AUGUGGGCAGCAGAACGCCUCGAUAUCGAGGAGCCGGCACUACAGAGAGCUCUUUCCUUGCCGGAGCAAAAGGCGGACCCCGCGCGACGUUCGUACGCCAUCGUCAACUACAUCGGCUACCAGCGCCACAAGGGCCACACCUACCCACUGACGGACGACGUUAAGUUUAGUAUGUGCGGCAACGUCGCCAAAAUCAACGUUGCAUACCUCGACGCUUCAGUCACGGGCCAGCAGCCGUUCCGAGUUAGCGCUCUAGCGGUGCCUGGGGUGGUUUUUAGACGAGCCGCAGACGGCGACCUGCGCAAAGCCGACAUUUGGCUGCUCGGCGUCGUGGCCGUCCAGCUGCUGGCCAGGAGGGUGGACCCGCUCAUCCCCGACUUCGCCGCCGCCGUGGUGGUUGCGGCCAGGAUUCUAGAACAGGGUCGGACUGGCUCCGGGCUAGAGCUUCUGUUCCUCGAGCACGCCGAGAUGCUUCCUGCGGAUGCUCCACAGGCGUUGGACUUUGUGCGGCGGUGCCUCACCGUGAACAGUGAAGAGCGGCCUAGUCUGAAGGAGCUAUGGGAUCAUCUGUUUCUGGCAAUGACCGAGGUAGUGACCGAGGCAGGGGCCAAGGCGACGGCUGGGGUGAAAGGCGACGACGAAUAG